UACAGAUCAGUAGCUGAAACACUGACACCAUGCACAUCUUGCACAUCUGUAUUGUGUUUUCAGCUUUGCUUGCAAGUGUCGGAGCAGUCGCUCCCACUUUGGCUCCAAUAAAAGCUAAAGCUACGGUGACUACGGGAGAGCAGCGUCUCUUUUCAGGGGAAGAUGUGCAGCUGACCUGCGGCGUACCGGACGAUCUUUCGUCCUCAUGGAUGUAUCAGUGGUUCCAUGACGGCGAGCCGGUCAACUCUUGGCAGGUGUACCAUUUGAGAAACGCACGAGUCCAGCAAAGUGGAAGCUACACCUGUGAGGCACAGAAAGGAUUUUGGCCCAAUGUAGUGACAGCACUUCAGAGUGACCCGAUAAAUGUCCAUGUUGACGGUGGCUGGGUCCUCCUGAGAGCUCCUGUUGAGCCUUUACUCAUUGAAGAAACGAUGACCCUGACCUGCCGUGUUCGUAACAACCCUGUCCUGUCGAACGCGGUGUUCUACAAGAAUGGGAAUGAGUUUGCAAGACUGAAUGUUCGAGACAUGGAGUUUCCCAGCCUUAAGUUGGAGGACAGAGGCACAUACUCAUGCCGAGCAACAUGGGUUCAGGGCAGCGAAUAUCACUCUGCCUUGUCUGUGACUUCCCCUGUGAAAGUGUUAGAUAAGGUGAACACCCCCAGGCUGGAGUUUUCAACAGGUCGGGUUCAGGCCAGCAUGAAGAGUGGAAGCACGGCGACGCUCAAGUGUGUCACCAAAAUCAACGCAAGAGAGCCAGGCCUGUCUUUAGAGUACUACUUCAUGAAAAACGGUGAACGUCUGAGGCCCGUUUCAGCCCAAAACACGUACUUCAUCCCAAAGGUAAACGUAGAGGAUAGUGGAAUCUACACCUGCAAAAUUCAAGUCAGGGGUUUGUUACUGGAGAGGUGGAGUAACCAGGCAGAGCUGAAGGUCCAUCCAUAGACUGCUGAGACCUUGGUGACACCAAGCAACUCCUCUGUUCCCCAACCUCCUGACAUCAAACUACUGAAUUACACAGUUUGGUAUUUUCUGACUCUCAUACAUUUACUCAGUAACACUGUGUACUGAGAUUUGGUGUCUAUUAAAUAAUAUUUUAUCUGUGCCUAAUAGAUUGUAUCCAUUUACAUAUUUUAAAUAUAUAAUAACCGUGUUAACUAUAGUUGCUUGAUAUAAAUCUUAUUAACGGUGAUACUGUUUGUAACAGACAAUGUUUACAAAUGACACUAUAUAGCAUUACUACAAACAUAUAAAACAGGACAUGUGAAGAUGAUGAUGAUCAUGAUUACGUUUAUUCAUUUAUUUUUACGAACCACUUCAUCCUCGUAAUGGUCACAGCACACUAAAGAAUACACCCUGUCUAAAACACUCGUCUGCUUACAUACUAACAUCUAGCAGGGUUUUUACAGUAGCCAGGCCACCCUCAGCAUGUUUUGGAUGGUAGAUACAUUUACAGUGGAAGCACCUCUUACCGAGGGAAACCGUCAGCAUAUUAAAGCCAGGACCCACAGACUGUACAGUACAAAAGGUUUGUUUUUGUUUUGUAUUAAAAAGCUCAUAAAUUUACAAAGUAUUUCUUUCAUUUUUAUAAAUGUAUUUUGAUGUUUUGAUUUAUGUUAAAAUGUAUCCGACCAAUAAAGAAAAUUUUAAAAAAG